GCAGAGUAUCUGAGUGAGUAUUAGUAACACACCAAAACGCGGUCACACUCACUCUCACGUUUAUUCAUAUCAGAUCGGGCUCAAUAUUUUCUCCCUUUUCGCAAAUCUGAGUCCGAAAGUGGUGACGCCACUGCACCACCGCCAACUCAAACAGGGAAAUAUUUCCAAUUUUACAUAACCAAAAAAAAAAAGAAAGAAAAUUAUCACCUCAAAAUUGAAAUUCGAUUCGUUUAAUCAACUUAGCUUCGUGGUUGUUGUCUUGUUCAAUUAAUCGAGAGAGAGAGAGAGAGAGAAGAAAUGAAGGAUGAAGACGCGCUUCCAACGACGACAGCGAGCACGAAGAAGGAAAGUUCGGACUCAGUUAUGUUGGGGAAAGGAAGGUACAAGUUCUGGGCACUUGCGGCCAUAUUGCUUCUGGCGUUCUGGUCCAUGUUCACCGGCACCGUUUCCCUACGGUGGUCCGGCACACUCAACUCCCUCUCCAACGACCUCGACAUCCCAAUCCACGACGACCUCGACGUCCUUGAGAUGGAGGAGAGGGAGAAGGUGGUGAGGCACAUGUGGGACGUGUACACCAACAGCCGCAGGAUCAGGCUGCCGCGGUUUUGGCAGGAGGCAUUUGAGGCUGCCUAUGAAGAGCUCACCAGUGACGAUGCUGCCGUCAGAGACGCCGCCAUCACUGAGAUCGCCAAGAUGUCCGUCCGCUCCAUCGAUUUUGAUCCCCCUCCCAUCCAAUCCGCGAGAGCAAGGGAAUUUAGCAAGAACCUCGAUCAAGUUGAGAAAGGAAAAGAAGCAACUAGGCGUGCUUAAGGGUUAGAAUGUGGAUUAUUCAAGGGAUUUACUUUGCACUGGAACAUGCUCAUCUGCUACCAUAAGUUUAUGAAGACAGGUAGUGAUGGGCGAGGCACAUUAUAAUUAUGUAUUUUAAUAGGUUGUGGUUCUUUCAAAUUUUGCAGUCACGAAUUCACAGACUUCACAAAGAAAAUAGUAAAGUGAAACACGGCGAAUACAACUGAUUAUAUUGCUUUCAGUGUUCUUAUUUCGUAGCAACCAAGUUCUAUACAUCGUUGUGUUAAGAAAUUUCUUUUGAUCAAGGCCAGCAUACUUAUCUGUAAUCAAGUGAUCCAUUAAGAAGUCUUUUUUAUUUGUUCAGAGGACAUUGCUAUUCUGAAUUAUUGUUACGGGUAGUUUUGCUGUGUUGGAGGAGGGGUAAGAGUGGAACAUAGUAUAUUCUGAAUUCAAAUAUGACAAGUAGAGGAUUAAUACAU